CUCGUUCUUAUACUUGAUGGAAACAGGGCUUAUGGCUACUCCAGUGAGGAUGUCCAAAUGGUCAUUGAAACUAUGGCUGCACAAGGAAAGGAGCCUACAUUUUGCAUGGGGGAUGAUAUUCCACUGGCGAUAUUGUCUCAGAAGUCACAUAUGCUUUAUGAUUAUUUCAAGCAGCGGUUUGCUCAGGUUACAAAUCCAGCUAUUGAUCCUCUAAGAGAAGGAUUGGUAAUGUCACUUGAAGUCAACAUUGGGAAGCGUGGAAACCUAUUGGAGGUCGGGCCUGAGAAUGCCUCUCAGGUUAUUUUGUCUAGUCCUGUAUUGAAUGAAGGGGAGCUUGAGUUGUUGCUGAAAGAUCCCUACCUGAAGCCCCAAGUCCUACAAACUUUUUUUGAUAUAAGAAAAGGGCUUGAAGGUUCCUUGGAAAAGACACUUAAUAAACUUUGUAAAGCUGCUGAUGAAGCUGUAAGAAAUGGUUGUCAAUUACUUAUUCUCUCUGACAGGUCCGAUGAGUUGGAACCGACUCGGCCUGCCAUUCCAAUACUUCUUGCUGUAGGUGCUGUGCACCAACACUUGAUUCAAAGUGGCUUGCGAAUGUCUGCUUCCAUUGUAGCAGAAACUGCUCAGUGCUUCAGUACUCAUCAGUUUGCUUGUUUGAUAGGAUAUGGUGCAAGUGCUGUGUGUCCAUACUUGGCAUUGGAGACAUGCAGGCAAUGGCGUUUAAGCAAUAAAACUGUAAACCUAAUGCGCAAUGGCAAGAUGCCAACUGUUACAAUUGAGCAAGCUCAAAAGAACUUCUGCAAGGCUGUCAAAUCUGGCCUACAGAAAAUUCUCUCCAAAAUGGGCAUCUCAUUACUUUCAAGUUAUUGUGGUGCACAGAUAUUUGAAAUUUAUGGAUUAGGAAAGGAGGUUGUUGAUCUUGCAUUUUGUGGCAGUGUAUCUAGUAUUGGUGGAUUAACUCUUGAUGAGCUGGCAAGGGAGACUUUAUCAUUUUGGGUGAGGGCUUUCUCCGAGGAUACAGCUAAAAGACUAGAAAAUUUUGGGUUUAUACAAUUCAGACCAGGAGGGGAAUAUCAUGGAAACAACCCAGAGAUGUCAAAGCUGCUUCACAAAGCUGUUCGCCAAAAGAGUGAAAGUGCUUAUUCAGUGUAUCAGCAGCAUUUGGCUAAUCGACCUGUCAAUGUUCUUCGUGAUCUUCUUGAGUUUAAAAGUGAUCGUGCCCCAAUUCCAGUUGGAAAGGUUGAACCUGCUGUAUCUAUUGUUCAACGGUUUUGCACUGGUGGCAUGUCACUUGGAGCUAUAUCUAGGGAAACUCAUGAAGCAAUUGCUAUUGCAAUGAAUAGAUUGGGUGGAAAGUCUAAUUCAGGAGAAGGUGGUGAGGACCCAAUUCGGUGGAGCCCACUUACUGAUGUUGUUGAUGGCUACUCUCCAACACUGCCUCAUCUCAAAGGUCUUCAAAACGGGGAUACUGCUACAAGUGCUAUCAAGCAGGUUGCUUCAGGACGUUUUGGUGUCACUCCAACAUUCUUGGUCAAUGCUGAUCAAUUGGAGAUCAAAAUUGCCCAAGGUGCAAAGCCUGGUGAAGGCGGACAGUUGCCUGGGAAAAAAGUUAGUGCAUAUAUUGCAAGAUUAAGAAAUUCUAAGCCUGGGGUUCCCCUUAUAUCCCCACCUCCACAUCAUGAUAUUUAUUCUAUCGAGGAUCUUGCCCAACUGAUUUUUGACCUCCAUCAGGUCAACCCUAAGGCCAAGGUAUCUGUAAAGCUAGUGGCAGAAGCUGGAAUAGGUACUGUUGCUUCUGGGGUUGCAAAGGGUAACGCUGAUGUUAUACAGAUAUCAGGGCAUGAUGGGGGAACCGGAGCCAGCCCUAUAAGUUCCAUCAAGCAUGCUGGUGGUCCUUGGGAACUUGGGCUUACAGAAACGCAUCAGACACUCAUUGAAAAUGGACUGAGAGAGAGGGUCAUUCUUAGAGUUGACGGAGGCUUCAAAAGUGGUUUUGAUGUCCUAAUGGCUGCAGCAAUGGGUGCUGAUGAGUAUGGGUUUGGUUCUGUAGCAAUGAUUGCUACUGGAUGUGUUAUGGCUCGCAUCUGUCACACAAAUAAUUGUCCAGUUGGUGUUGCCAGUCAGAGGGAAGAACUACGAGCUCGUUUCCCUGGCUUGCCUGGCGAUCUUGUAAACUUCUUUCUAUAUGUUGCUGAAGAGGUACGGGGCAUCUUGGCACAACUGGGCUAUGAGAAGCUGGAUGACAUAAUUGGCCGAACAGAUCUACUAGGACCACGAGAUGUAUCGUUGAUGAAAACACAGCAUCUUGAUCUCAGUUAUAUUCUCUCUUGUGUUGGAUUACCAAAGUGGAGCAGUACUCAAAUCAGGCUUCAGGAUGUUCAUAGUAAUGGCCCCGUUUUGGAUGAUAUUGUACUCUCAGAUCCAGAGAUAUCAGAUGCAAUUGAGAAUGAGAAAGUUGUCAAUAAAAGCAUAAGGAUAUACAAUGUGGACCGUGCAGUUUGUGGGCGUAUAGCAGGUGUAGUUGCAAAGAAAUACGGUGACACUGGUUUUGCUGGGCAGCUGAAUAUAACAUUCUUAGGGAGUGCUGGACAGUCAUUUGCUUGUUUUCUGACACCUGGAAUGAACAUUCGGCUGGUGGGAGAAGCUAAUGACUAUGUGGGAAAGGGUAUGGCUGGAGGGGAAUUGGUUGUAACUCCCGUUGAGAAUACUGGGUUCUGCCCCGAGGAAGCCACUAUAGUGGGAAACACCUGCUUAUAUGGGGCAACAGGUGGCCAAGUCUUUGUCAGAGGGAAAGCCGGGGAGCGUUUUGCAGUGAGAAACUCACUUGCUGAAGCUGUAGUGGAAGGUACCGGCGACCAUUGUUGUGAAUACAUGACAGGGGGUUGUGUGGUUGUUCUUGGAAAAGUGGGUAGAAAUGUUGCUGCUGGUAUGACUGGAGGUUUGGCAUACAUUCUUGAUGACGAUGAUACUCUUAUCCAGAAGGUAAAUAAGGAAAUUGUAAAGAUCCAGAGAGUGGUUGCCCCUGUGGGGCAGAUGCAGCUAAAGUGCCUGAUCGAAGCCCAUGUUGAAAAAACUGGGAGUGGCAUAGGCUCUUCUAUUUUGAAGGAGUGGGACAAAUAUCUACCGCUAUUCUGGCAGUUGGUUCCACCUAGUGAAGAAGACACCCCCGAGGCUUGUGCAGAGUAUGAGAAAACUACUUCUGGGACGGUGACUUUGCAGUCUGCAUAGAAGAACAGCACCACACAAUACACAAAGUGCAGUUAUAUAUAACUACGAAGUUUCAACCACAUCGAUCAUGGCCAGAGCAGGGAUAGAUUCUAUGAUGGAAAAUCUUACUCAUUAAUUGGAGCGGUUUGCAGGUGACUGAAAUUUCGUAAUCAUCUUAUUACUUGGUGACUGAGACUUUGAUCACUUCAUUGAAAAGCAAUCAAGUGUCCUGUAUAGCGAUGGUGUGGAAAACUGUAAAUUCUAGGUAGCUGUGAUAUUGUCAAUUUUUAGGCCUGAAGAGGUUUUUUUGUUUUGUAAUACAUUUUCAUGGCUUGUUUGUAUGGUAUUUUCUUAAAUUUUUCUACUUUUAUUCAGGAUGAGCAUAGCCAAAUCUGAAAGCCUCGAUCUUGAUCUCUAAUUUUCUUUCCCUGUCUCUGUUUGUGCGAGUCUUGCACUUGGGUGAACUGUGUUGUAAUUUAUGUAUCAUAAUUGUUAUAUAUACAUAUAACAAGUUACUCUGGAAAAUUUUACUUUCA